UUUAAUGUAAGUCAACAAAAUCGAAGAAUUUGUGGUAAUUUAAUUUACAAAUUUCAUCUAAACGGUAAUAAAAGAAACGUGCGAUAUAAAAGAUAAAUAAGUAGUUUGGUUAUCUUUACUAUUUUACGCCUGUUAAAGAUGCCGCGAACGAAACAUGUUCGGAAACCAAAACGAGAACAGCAAUCUGCACAAGAGAGUGAUUUAUUAAUGAUAGAUUUUGAGAGACAGGCACAAUUACGUGUUUUAAAAAUGGAGGCAGAAUCAAAAAUGGCAAUAAAAAGCCUUGAAACUAUUGUUGACGUUACUUUAUCUCGGCUUCCAGCUGAGAUACGGCAAAUGCCUCUCGGUGAGAUACUCAAUUACGAAAAGGAUAAUGACAAAGAAAAUAGCAAUGAAAUUUCGUCGUCUGUUGAUUUACAACCGUUAGCUUCGACAACGGUAAAAGGUAAAGAGAUCGAAAAGAGAAUUACCAGCGCAUCCGACGAUGGAUACGUGACCGAGGGAAUUACAACGACGCGAACAUCAAGAGCUGCAAAAGUGCAACCUACUACUAAAAGAACACGUAGUAGGUCUAAUAAUAAUAAUAGUAGUAAAAUGAAGCUUAGUAAAAUAAACCAAGAAACUGUAAAGAAGGUAGUAAGGAAAGAACGUAUCAAAGAAUCUUUAAAAAUUGAUAAAUUUACAACUCCUUCUACUUUGAAACCUGGAAGUAAUGUAUUUGAUCCUGUAACUCCAAAGAUAAAACCUAAUACACCGUUAAAUGUAUUAAGACGUCCAAGACAAGGGGAAAUGGUACUUAGUAUGCAAGGUAGCCCCUUAUUGGUAUCUGCAGUAAUUCAAGAAGAUAUUGCUAAUAUUAAUGUACCUUUGCGUAAUGGCAAUGUUAUGUCUUUAUUACCUAAUGCUGGUUUACGUAUGUCACAUAUUCCUGCAUUAGAUUCAGAAACUGUGAAACAAUUAGAAACUCUAAAAAAUCACAUUGAGAAAGUCAUCUCAACAAAGUAG